AUGCGUGAUAUUAUUGAUCUAAAAAGCCUUUCGAGUCAGGAAUUUGAGAUGAAGGAUUUGGGGGCUGCGAAGAAGAUUCUUGGGAUGGAGAUUCACAGGGAUAGAGGAUCAAAGAAGCUGUGGUUAUCUCAGAAGGGUUAUGUGGAGAAGGUGCUACAGAGGUUUGGGAUGAAUGAAGCAAAACCGGUGAGCACUCCAUUAGCAAACCACUUCAAGCUUUCUGUUGAUCAGUGCCCCAAGUCGGACAAGGAGACUCACGAUAUGGACUCGGAGAUCGAGCGGUCGAGGAAGAAGAUCGAGUGCCUGGAAGAGGAGAACGAGAGGUUGAGGCAGGAGAACGAGUUUCUGCACGUAGAAUUGUCGAAACAGAACCAGAAGUAUGAAGAGAAGAUCAGAGACAUGCAGGCCGAGCUAAUGGAGAUCAAGAGAAUGGCGGAGGAGAGAGAAAGGGAGAGUGAAGAGGCAUCGUCGUCUUCGUCCUCCUCGCCUACCGCGAAACUCCAUGAUUUGACCAGUAACAACAAAUCUAGUUUUUCCACUAGGUGUUUGAGAAAAUGCGCGACUCAGAUUAACGGCGCUGCGGCCGCGUUUCUGGAGAACGCGACGAUUGCGAACUUGAAGAGCGAAGCGGAGGUGAAAAGGGAAGAGGAUUUUCCAGAAGCUUCCGAUGGGUUACUCGGAACAAGAUCCCGUGCUCCGCGCGUGCCCAAACCGCCGCCGCGGCCGUCGGCGUCCCUCUUGUCGUCAAUCACUUCAUCCUCCCCCAAGUGCCUGUCGUCCUCUGUCUCAUCACCUUCGUACGGUUCCCUAUCCGAAUCGGCGUACCGUGCGUUGGUCGAGAUGUCUGGCUUUCAUCCGCCACCGCCGCCGCCACCACCGCCGGCGUCGGAGUCCAAACCCACCGCUCCCCCUCCGCCCCCGCCCCCUCCUCCUCGUCCGUCGAGAAUAGCCGCGCCUCCUGCUCCGCCCCCACCUCCGCCGGCUCCGCUCAAGGGGCUCAAGCCCAUGCCAUCGAAAGUACGGAGAGUGCCGGAGGUGGUGGAGUUUUACCACUCGCUGAUGAAGAGGGAUUCGAAUUACCGGCGGGACGCUGGCGGUGGCCCGGCCGACUCGCAUGCGGCGGGUUCGACGGCCAAGGACAUGAUAGGGGAAAUCGAGAACCGCUCUGCACAUUUACUAGCUAUUAAAACAGAUGUGGAGACUCAAGGGGAUUUCAUUAGAUUCUUGAUUAAAGAAGUUGAGGGUGCAAUAUUCACAGAUAUUGAGGAUGUUGUGCCUUUUGUGAAAUGGCUUGAUGAUGAGCUGUCUUACCUGGUUGAUGAAAGGGCAGUUUUGAAGCAUUUCGAUUGGCCGGAAAAGAAGGCAGAUGCGUUAAGAGAAGCUGCAUUUGGGUACCGUGAUCUAAAGAAGCUGGAAGCUGAAGUAUCAUCCUUUCGAGAUGACACAAGACAACCUUGCUGUCACGUCCUCAAGAAAAUACAGUCUUUGUUUGAGAAAUUGGAGCAUGGAGUGUAUAACUUGUCAAGAAUGAGAGAAUCAGCUGCAGAGAAAUACAAAAGAUUCCAUAUUCCCGUGAAUUGGAUGUUGGAUACGGGUUAUGUAAGCCAGAUCAAGCUGGCAUCCGUGACAUUGGCUAUGAAGUACAUGAAGAGAGUCUCGGCUGAGCUUGAAAUGGUCGGUGGUGGUCCUGAAGAAGAAGAGCUCAUUGUCCAAGGCGUAAAGUUUGCCUUCAGAGUACAUCAGUUUGCGGGCGGUUUUGACGUUGAGACAAUGAGAGCAUUUCAGGAGCUGAGGGACAAAGCUCGUUCGUGCAAUGCGCAGUUACAAAAUCAGCAUCAGCACAAGUUUGUUUGCAAAUCAUCUGCUGCUAAGUACUUUGCUUGGGCAGUUUUCUUGGAGAAAAUUGAUGAUGAGAUCAAGCUGAAAGUGUUCAUUGGCGAAUCGGAACAAGGAUCGUCGGCCCCCUCCAACAUCACCUUCACCGACGCUCGCGUCAAGUCGCCGGCCCUUGAAAAUCUUUGUCAGACUUGCUCCGCCGGCCUCACCGUCUCAGCAUCUCCUUAUCCAAUGUACCACUUCUGUCUUGGAGUCCGCCUUCCCGAAAGACAGUCAAUUGUAAUAAGCGUUUAG